AGUGCGCUACCGCAUCUACCUGCAAACACAACGCUUCAGCUCUCAGCUGAAAUAUUGCUGAAAAUAUUUCGCGAGUUUUAAAACUACCAAAGUUUAGGUAUACAUUUAAGGAUGAACUGUUCCGGCAAAAUCACAAAUAACACAUGUCCUGCCGAGUGGGACGAAUGGAUAAAAUGGCCAGAAACAUGUCCCGGAGAAAAUGCUACAAUGGAAUGUCCCAAAAGACCAGAAACUUUAUUGGGUGCCAAAGCCAUAAAAAUUUGCCACGAAAAUGGUACAUGGGAGUGGAACAUUAUUACCAACAACACAAAAAGUCACUAUGAGUAUUGCAUUAUGCCUAAAUUCCAGGAAAUUGCGAGGAUGUGCAACGGUUUCAGUAAUAAUACUUGUGCACAGAUUGCAAAAGUAACGAGAAGCUUGGAGAUGAUUGGGCUGUCAGUUUCUCUAAUAUCAUUGACGGUUGGCCUCUACAUUUUUUCCCAAUACAGGGUGCUGAGAAAUAACAGAACAAAAAUACAUAUAAAUUUAUUCAUAUCAACUUUAAUGCAAGUUUUGUUCAGGCUUAUCAAGUAUACGGACCAGUUUUUUAGUGAUUCAGGACUUUUACAACGAGUGCCAUUUCUGGACAAAACAUGCAUAGCUUUAUUGGAAUACACCAGAACCGCUAUGUUUAUGUGGAUGUUUAUCGAGGGUCUAUAUUUGCACAACAUGAUUGCAGUGACAGUGUUUCAAGAAUAUACAUACAUAAAAUUAUAUUUUUACUUGGGGUGGAGUGGAGCGGCACUUAUGACCUUAAUAUGGCUCGUGACCAUGAUUGUAAAAGUAAAUACCACUUGGAAAAUUUAUUACUUUUUUGAUUAUUACUGGAUACUGGAGGGUCCCAGAUGUACUAUUAUAUUGGUGAAUUUUUUAUUUCUUCUGAACAUAAUAAGAGUUUUGGUUCUAAAAUUAAGGGAAAGUCGAACUAGUGAAAUAGAACAAGUAAGAAAAGCAGUGCGCGCCGCAAUUUUUCUGCUACCUUUGCUUGGCACUCCAAACAUCCUCUUCCAGAUUGAUUAUAUUUAUGACGAAGCCUGGAAAUUUUCACUAUGGUCCUACGUUACGUAUUUUUUAAACUCCUUUCAAGGUUUUUUCGUGGCUGUACUUUACUGCUUUUUAAAUGGAGAGGUCCAAACUGCUAUUAAAAACAGUUUUUACCUGAGACAGUCGCUGAAAAAUUACGAAUAUACUCCGUGCAAAAAUUUUACUUUAAUUUCUAUAGGCACUGAGCACAAGCCUUCACCACAAAGUGGUAAAAAGUCGGCUUUGAUUCGUUGCUGCAAAAAGAUCGAGCUUUCUCCGGAGGCCGAGGAUUUGGAGGUGAAAGAUGAAUGGUCUAGAAUCUCCCGCGAAGAAACCAAUUCUUCAAUUGUAGACUCAAAAAAUAUUGAGUUGCAAACUUGACACCACGAAAUCGCAAUUCAACAGCACGAAUUUGAUAUGAAAACAUCGAACUGUUAAAAAUGAAAUUCAUAAAAAAUUAUAUCCAAAUUAUCAUCAAUAUGGAGUAUAUCUAAAACUUAUAACAUUUUAAUAUUUAAAAGCAUAUGCUUUAAUCAAAUGUCUAUUUUAAAAUGAAUCAUCGUUAUCAUACAUUAAGAUAUUUAAUUAAUUAGUAUAGGGUUUCUCCAAAUAUUUUUAAAUAAAUAAUUCCUAGAUGGUAUAUAGUUUGGUAUGUUGAUGCUACACAGUAAAAAAAGUUUGUUAAUUUUAACCAAAUAUUAACCAGAUUUUAUGUUAAUCCAGGUCCACAAAACUUUAUGUUAAGUUUACAACCAACUGUAAUCUGUAAUCCUAUAUCAAUAAUUCAAUUAAAAUUCUUGUAAUUUUCAAAAGGGACCUUAUUUUUACAAACCUGUUUGUAGACCCAUUAACAAAAGUAUUUGUUGGAAAUUGGGAACUUAAAUGAAAAGAAUUUUGAUAAGUAAUGUUGCUUUAUUAAUCAAUUUCCUAAACAAAAAAAUUAACACAUACCUACAUAAAUGAACACAAAAAUAACAUACAAACAAUUAAAUAACACACCAUUCUGAAAUCAUCAAAUUAUAGAGAAAUUUGGUACAAUAUAAUUAUCACUACUACUACAACACUUACUGAUGUAUUUCGUAACUUUAACCCACUUUCAGUUUGAAAACCAGUGAUGGUUCUUUCGGAUACUUCGCACACUAAUUAAAUAGGUAUAAGGAAUCAGAAUAACAAUAAUAACAGAUUUCUGGUAAUAUAUUAAAAUUAUGUUAAAUUUUUACAAAAUAAAAUUAACAAACUACAAACUCAUGUUAUCACAGUUUAGAUUGCGAAAUGCCACUUUUGCAUUCAAGAAUUAAAGUUAUUUUAUGAGCGAUAGCGAGCAAAAAAAAUCAUUCGAGGAUGCAAAAGAAUUUCGCAAUUGCGUAUCAAACAAAUUUUUUCCGAAAACUGUAUCACACAGUUUAUAAAUUUAUAAAUUACUAUAAAUGUGAAGAGAAAAUUUUGAAACGAAUUUAAAAGUAUUUUGCGUCAACUUUUAAUGACAGUUUUCGAAAAAAAAUGUUUUAGAUGUUAUAUCAAUUUUUAAUGGAGGACCCUAAAUA